CGCACAGUCGCUUUCCGGACCGUAAGUUUGCCCCUUGCCUGGCGGCCAGUUGGCCCUGGCGGCGUCCGGGAGGGGGGCGGGACGGCCUGCCGGCCGGCACUCUCCCGGUCCCGUGGGGCCGGCAGCGCAGUUCGGUUCCCGCCCCGCGGGGACCGAGCAGGCGGGAGCAGCAGCAGCAGCAGCAGCAGGAGGAGGAGGCUGGGGCUCGGGUUCCGGGACGAUGCGCUGGUCCCGCCGCCGCCGUUGCUGCUGGAAACCGCUUCGCUUGCUGGGACCGCUGCUGCUGCAGCUCGUCCUGUUUCCCAGCCCUGGGACCACUGCUGGACGCAGCAGGUGUGACACCAUCUACAAGGGCUUUGCUGAGUGCCUCAUCAGCCUGGGGGAUAGCAUGGCCCAGGGUGACCAGCCUGAAGGACUUAGCCCCACACAGCCUGAGCUGGAUGCCAUCUGCAGUUCCUGGGACAACUUCCACGCCUGUGCCAUUGGGGUCCUGGCCAGCUGCCCCGAGGAGGCAGCAGCCAUCUGGGAAUCUCUUCGGCAGGAGUCACGCAAGGUCCAGUACCAGGGCAACCUGCAUGACCUGUGCAGUGCCCGGGCCCAGCUCCCCAGCAGCGUGCGGGGUGUGGCAGGUGAUGAGACCAACCAGGAGACCCUGCGGGCUAUGGCUUCCACCUCCUCCCCUGCCUCCAUCCUUCUGGCAGCUGCCCUGGCCCUUGCCUGGAUCAUGGGGCCUCUGGCCUAGCUGUCCCAUCCCCAUCCCUUCCGCCGCCUCACAUCAAAAGGAGAGGCUGGCAGGGAGGGCCUGGGGCAGCUGCAAGGGUGAGGUCUCGAGGUCCCCCGCCCUCCCUCCCCCCAAACUGGGGCUCCUGCUGUAUGUCCUGCGACUGGGACCCAGGGGGCUGCCAAGCUCCUCUCAAGGCGGAGCCUCCUGCCCUCCUCGGAGGUGACUGCCUGUCCUGCCAGGCCCUGGCUGGAUCCCUUAGUCUAUAACCAUCUUCCCGUCGCUGCCCACCUGGAGCAGAAGGAACUGCAUCCAGAACUCUGGAACUCCCACCCAAGACCCUGGGUUCUCUUCUAGGGAGGGAGUCGGGGAGAAAGCUCUCCCCAGUCUGCAGCUCAUUUCUCGUGUCCUGCAGAUGAGGCCUAGUAAGUAGGUGGGAGCAAGCCUAGGUUUCCUCCAGCUGGAGCGAGACUCCACCCCCCAAACCCCUCUCCCCCUUCUCCCCCAGAAGCCUAGUCAGUCCCUUCUUCUUCCCUGCACUUAGCAUCAUAGUGGGGCUCCUAGGCCUGGUUCCUGGGUGGGGAUGCUCUGGGUCCCUCCCUAAUGGGAAGUCCUCACUGCCCUUAGUGCAGAGUGGGAGCCUUCCCCCAAACCAGGCCCCCCAUCCUGUCUUGGUCCAUCCUGGUUUCAUUAAAAGGAUUUAUAUUUGUA